UCUGACUGUGUAUAUAAGAGGAUGCUCAGACGUUAUUCUGGACACAACAGCUCUGAGAUCUUCAAGCUCUACAGAACUUCUACAGAUUCUUUCUGUCAUUGUGAAGAAAUUUCUUGAAGAAUGAGAAGCCUGAUGUGUUUGCUGUUCCUGGUGAUCUUCUGCUCUGUGCAGAUGACUUCAAGCGCUGUCUUAUCAAUUGGAGCAGCACAAUCUAUUUGCUGUGGAGAGUUCAGUAAUAUAAAGGUUCCUGUGAAUAAGGUGGUGUCUUACUAUUGGACCAGCAGCAGCUGUCGCAGACACGCUAUUGUGUUUAAGACAAUUGCAAAGAGAGAGUUCUGUAUAAAUCCAGAGACUUCCUGGGUGCGCAGCCAUGUUGAUAUAGUGGACAAAAGAACUGCUACACCACCCUAAUAAUCUUAAUCACACAUUUUUGUACAAGUAUUCAGUAUAUUGUCAAAUUUAUAUUGUAAUAAUAUUAUUUUGAGUGGUGACUUUAAUUGUUUCUUAAUCCUACCUUGGAUAAAUCACCCUCAGUUACCAUUGUGCAGUUUCUAGUUUGAUUUGUGAUUCAUGUCAUGAACAGAGUCUUCUUAUUUCUGUAA